AUGCAGUUCACAACCGCUCUCUUGGCUCUUGCCGCCACCGCCCUCGCUACCGAGGACCAUGACCACGGCAAAGGCAAGACCAAGACCAUCGUGACGGAAGUCUUGACCACCUACACCACCGUUUGCCCUGUUACCGUCACCAAGCCCGGCCACGGCACCACCCAUUACGAGAUCGUCACUACGACCUCCACAGUAGUUGAGAAGGUCCCAACCACCGUUUACGAGAUUCUACCUGGACACACCGACUACGUCACGAAGACUGAAGUUGACUACACCACAUACACGAGCCUAUGCCCUGUUACGGAGACCGUGACCGGCGAUGGGCACACCUACACCAAGACCUACACAACGAUCAGCACGAUCAUUGAGAAGGUCCCCACCAAGGUCUGGGAGAUCGUCCCGGGCCCGACGGUGAUUGAGAAGACCAAGGAGAUCGAUUACACGACCAUCACCAAGCUCAUCCCUCAUACCAAGACUUUGACCCAGGACGGCCACACCAUCACCCAGACGUACACCGAGACCCAGACAGUGGUCACAAAGGUGCCGACCAAGGUCUGGGAGACCAUCAAUCUCCCCGACGUUACCAAGACUGAGAAGGAUGUCGAGUACACGACCCUGACCAGCCUCUGUCCUGUCACCGAAACCAAGACUGUCGGCGGAGAGACGGUCGUCGUCACAUGGACCUCCACGUCAACCAUAGUGACACAGGUUCCUACCAAGGUCGACGUGUACACCACUGUCAAGACCACCCAGCAACUCUCCACGGAGGUAUACGAGACUGUUACGAAGCCGGUCACCACAUACCAGACGAUCGAGCACGGCGAGACUCACUGGGUGACGGCUACCGGAACCAAGACCGUCACCAUUGAGAAGGUACACACCAUCACUGAAGUCCUGGUCGAGACCAAGACGAAGCACGUCGAGGUCACCCAGGCGGUCACCGUCGGGGGCGAGGACGUCGUGACCCAGAAGUCCUGGGUCUACCUCACCGUUUCUGGCACAGUUUACGCUACACAGACAAGAGCACCCGACACCGUCGUCGUGCCCACUACGAGUGCGGUGACGGUUCCUGUUACCACUGUGUCGACCGCUGUUGUCGCAAGUACCGCUCCAGUGGUCGUCCCGCCCAAUGCCGCGGACGCCCGCAAGGCGCCGGCCGCUGCCGUCUUUGCCGGUAUAUUGGGUGUUGUUGCGCUCCUCUAA